AUGUCAUCUUCCGCAUCCGCACGAAGUAUUCAAAGACUCUUCGAGUUUCUCAAACUACAGGGUCGAGUGGAAAAAUCUCCUGGGUUUUCUUCCGCUCUCGGCUUGACGUAUGAACGCAUAUCGAAACUACCGUCAGAUUCAUUGUCUUUUCAAGAUCAAACGCUCAAAGUUCGACUACCACUUGCCAGUGAAAUGCUGUUGCCGAAGCAGGAUUCCGUCGCCCUGUCGACAUUUACCACGAUGAUUGAUGAUGUAACAACUUGGGCUUUGGUGCUGGAAGAUUCUAAACGAUCACGUCCGGGUGUCAGUGUGACACUACAGAAUAAAUGGGGAACCUCCGUGGCAUUACGCAAGGUGGCAGUGGGCGACGAAGUUGAAAUCGCCGCCACGGUGAACAAGAUUGGACGGAGCAUGGGGUUUGUUCAAGCGUCGGUACAUGACGUGGCAACCGGCGAACUUGUGUGUCACGGAUCGCACGUCAAGUUCUUGUCGAGUAUGGGUAUGGUUGCUGACUUUUUACUUUCCUCCCGAGGCUGGCCGUUGGCCAAACUGUACGCUGACUAUAUGGAAGGACCUUCGCCCGAGGCGAUUCCAACCACGCACAGCCUGUUUGAAGCUGUGAAAUAUACAUCAGAGACGAGUGCGACGAUCCAGGUAACGCCAGGCCAUCGAAGCUUAGGGGGGCCUAUACACGGAGGGGCCCAGGCCGUUCUUAUGGAGUUAUUGGCAAGAGAGUUUGCACAAAAUGAAUGGAACUCUUCUCUCGUAUCCGUGGAUACUAUUCAUGUCGAGUACAUGUCACCUCCAAGUCGUCACACGAAACUAGAUCUGCUAGUCACAUCCAGGACGACGCCCAACGUCAUGGAAUUAGAGGUGCGCUUACUCGGGGACGGGAAUAGUUUAAAGACAAAAGGAUAUCUGACUGUUUCAAACAGUGCCAGCGACAGUGUAGCGCAAUCUAACAUACGUUAA